AUGUCGGAUCUGGAGCCACCGGAGGAGGUUCUACCCCCGGCCUUCGUUAAGAGGAGCCGAGAGCCUUUCCGGAUUGACGUUACAAACAUCCAAAAUGAGUUCGGCAUUUGCGGAUGGAUCCUCACAAUACUCUCCUACCUCGUCAUCUUUUUCACAUUGCCAAUCUCGGCGUGUAUGUGCAUUAAGGUCGUCCAGGAAUAUGAGAGGGCCGUCAUCUUUCGGCUCGGUCGAUUGAUGCCUGGAGGGGCUAAGGGGCCAGGUAUUUUCUUCAUUGUUCCCUGCAUCGACACAUAUCGAAAAGUCGACCUCCGAGUCCUCUCCUUUGAAGUGCCGCCCCAAGAGAUCCUAUCAAAAGACUCGGUAACAGUUGCUGUCGAUGCCGUCGUCUACUUCAGGAUAUCUAAUGCGACGAUUUCCGUGACGAAUGUCGAAGAUGCCGCUAGAUCUACAAAGCUGCUCGCCCAGACGACCCUCCGAAACAUCCUAGGUACCAAGACAUUGGCUGAAAUGCUCUCCGAUCGUGAAGCGAUUUCACACCAGAUGCAGAAUACCCUUGAUGAAGCCACGGAGCCUUGGGGAGUGAAAGUGGAGCGGGUUGAGGUGAAGGAUGUCCGCCUUCCCGUCCAGCUUCAAAGGGCCAUGGCCGCGGAAGCCGAGGCCGCACGUGAAGCCAGAGCCAAGGUCAUCGUCGCUGAGGGAGAGCAAAAAGCUUCGCGCGCUUUGAAGGAAGCCGCCGAAGUCAUUGCUGAAUCUCCAUCAGCAUUGCAGCUGCGCUAUCUGCAGACUUUAAAUAGUAUUAGCGCUGAGAAGAAUUCUACGAUUAUUUUCCCGUUCCCGAUCGAUCUGUUGAGUGCUUUCCUUCAAAGAUCCGCACCUAAAAUCGAGGAGACGCCGGUGAUGACCAAGAAGAUACGGAAUUGUUGUCUGCAUAAAUAUCCGGACUGGGUGCAAGGGUUGUCGAAACCUGGGCAUCAACAUGCUCAGCAGCACGCGCGCCCGAUGGCUACGGCUCAGAGCAUGCGCGAUGUCGACAUCCAUAGCAAUCAACCAAUGCCCGGACCUUCUGGAUCAGGCGGACAACCCGUACUCUACGCUCAACCUGCAAAUUCUGUGACACAACUCGAAUCAGGCCAGGGCAUGGACCCACGCCGACCAACGGCACUCGGCCAGAAGGGUCGCCAAGGAUCGGCAGGCCAACAUUCACUUCUCAAACAGGCUAUCGCCAAUAGAAUCGGAAGAGAAGAACCUGACACUAAAUCGGGCCCCGAGAAAACAGCGUUACUUCAUCCUGGAUGGCGAAAUGGAGACGGACACUUAAAAGAAGAACAAAAACGAGCCGACAAACCGGGCCCUUCCAACUUCCCGGUAGCCGCUUUGGAAAAAAUGAAGAUAAGAAGCAACUCGAAAGACAAAUUGCUAAAAGAUGAUGAACAAGGCACGGGAACCCAUCGACUACCAGCGGCUGAAAACGGUAUUCGAAGGGGCAAGAUGUUAACACGUGAAAAUUCCGAUCCAUCGCUGACAAUAUCUUCAAAAACGGAUACCACCGUUCGAAUGGUCCCGAUUACAAAGCAGCCAAAAGCCGACUUAUCGCCAAAGAAGGAGAGAAAGAAGUCUUCGAAGCAACAUCUAGGUGAAAGAAGAGAAUCAUCGGUUAGUGAUUCUAGCCGAGUGUCAAUACAAUCUGGGAAGAGCGUCAAGUUCUCUGAUCAAAUCCUUAUCACGGAAAUUGAAAGGCGCCAGAAGGAUAGUUCUUCAGAUGAGGAUGUCGCUUUGAUGAGUGAUGAUGAAUCUAGAAGAGGGUUGAGAGAAGAUGAUGACGAUGAUUUUGAAGAGCUAGAGAAGAAGAUAUUGGAAGAGCAAAAGGAGUUAGAAAGCAGACAGAAGCCAACCCCAUUACCUCUUUAUCGAAUUACCAAAAACGCACGUGAAGGUGGAGGCGGCGUAGAGACUGGCUCAGUUGCUAGCUUCUAUCCGGAGGAUAGCCAACCUGAUCGUUUCUUAAUUGGGGAAGAAGAGUACGAAUAUGUUUCACUUGAUCAAUUGCCGGACUCUGUUCGCCAAGCAGUGCUACGCGAUAUCCAUGAGCAAAAUAUCUAUGAAGAAAUGGGCGAUUAUCGACAACAACAAGCAGACCGAGAAGGCAGUGGUGUCCAUAUGGGUUCAAUGAGUCGCCUGCAUGAUCUACCUCAAUCUCCAAAUGGCUCAAAUAUUGUAGUUGCUCCACCACUCCCUAGAUCUGCAUCUGGAUACCUUGAUGACGAUACUGGUCUUCAUGAUUCAUACCAACAGGCCGUUCAAAGCUCUGGCUUUGGGGUUCCAUUACAAGGUCCAAGGACUCUUGACCGUCCUAAUAUGCUCCUAUCCUACUAUGACAACGUGCAAGGCGGAUAUGUUGGAACCUCGCAGACAACGAAGAGCCCGACUUCUCCCUCACAAGAUAAUAGGUACCCAGCACCCGGAAUCUACAAUGCUCAGAUGGCAUUGGCUGAGAUGAGGGGAGAUCCAGCUUACCCAACCAGCCCUAAAAGGGAGUUGAAUGUCCAGGAGCAACGACAAGCCUUUUUCCGAUCCAUGCUGCCGGGGGAAGAGGUCCAAAGCACACCGACAUCGCCAACAAGCCCUGAAGAAACGGCGAUGCGUCGUCAGUUCGUGCAACGAUAUGGCCGUCGGAAGGCUCCGAUCGCUGAGGUUGAUCCUGCCGAUCCGAGACCAAGCCUUGGUUCUCAGGACAGUGUGGCGAGCACCGAGUCCCAUGAGUCUGUUGUCAGUGCGACGAGCAUGAGAGCCGAGCGCGCCGUGCGUCGUGAUUUCAACUAC